AUGUUGAUCAAGGAGUCUCACGUCGAUGUCCCAACCUCUGCCAAUGGCAAAGAGGGUACUAUGCUCACUGGCCCUGUUGCCCGCUUCGCCCGUCAGAUCGCUGGUCAAGGCUACAUCGUCGCUGCACCUUCAUCUUACCAUGACUUCACCGGCCCUGAGCCUCUCAAGUACGACGCCGAGGACACUGAUCGUGGCAACAAGUUCAAGAUCGAAAAGACCCUCGAGUCCUAUGAUGCCGACUCGUAUGCCACCGUCGAUUACCUCCUCUCACUUCCCACCUGCACAGGCCGUAUUGGAGCUACAGGCAUGUGUCUAGGUGGCCAUCUGGCCGUUCGCGCUGCUCUUGACCCUCGCAUCUCUGCUUGCGUUGCCUACUUCGCAACGGAUAUUCACUCCCGCACACUCGGCCCUUACGAUGCGCCCAACACUUCAUCAGCCGCUCCUACCAACAGCAACCACACCAUCGAUCUCUUCAACAAGUUCAAGGGAGAGGUUGCCAUGAUCUUUGGUGUAAAGGACACUCACGUCCCUGAUGCUGGCCGUGAUCUAAUCCGUGCCAAGCUUCGCGAAGCUGGUGUCCCCACUAGCUUCUACGAGUUCGCGUGGGCUCAGCACGCCUUCAUCCGUGACGAGCUAAGCAAGGGCCGUUAUGAUCCUGCCAUCACCAAGGUCUGCUUCGAGGUUCUGCUGGAACUCUUCGGUCGUGUACUCAAGACUGAGUUGGGUGCAAAGGACGGCGAUGUCCCACCCCCAGAGCACGUUUGUUAA